GCGUUUUGUUUACGGUACUUUUGCGGUUUGACGCGUCUGCCUGCGUGUAAACAACCAAAUUGCUCAGCAAAGUGAUCACAGUGUUGCUUAUCAAUAUCGUAAAUUUAGGCCGUAUUAUUCGUUACUUUCGGCACCAUGUCCUCCUGGGAGGAAAUUCACGCCCUCAAGGCCAAACGUAACACCCUGCGGGAACGUUUGGAGAAACGGAAAAAAGAGCGGCAGGAUCUGCUCGGUGGAAGCAGCCCGGGACCGAGUGUUGUUGGCCUGAUCAAAACUGAAGCCGGCGUUUCCUCGGUAGACGAUAAAAGCAAGAUUCUCCUCACGGCGAUAAAACUGGAACAAGAUAUCGAUGCCGAAGUGGAGAAAACUUUGGUGAAAGUGUUGGCGGAUCGCAGCCUGAUUUUGCCGUCCAACUCGAUGCAGAUAGCGCAAAGGGUUGAGAAAAUCAUCCAGAGGUCCACCACCAACGAGUCGAUCCUGUACUGCUUGCAGAAAUUGUCCGGUCAAAAUUUGGUCAACAUCAAGGAGGUCAGUAUUGGCGGAACGGUAGGGUACGAGGUCAUUUCGGCCGAGUAUGGAAAACUUCAAUCCCUGCACGACAAUCUGUUGCUCAACCAGAGCGAACGGGAAGCCAUCAAACGAAAAGCAAUCAAGGAAGAGAUGGAUUCGGACUCGAAGAUGGCUCGUUUGGGAGGCGGUUUAGUGAAAGAGGAAUCGCUGAAGAAACCCGGCGAUUCCAGUACCUUGAGCAGUACUUCCGAUAUCAUGUCGUUGCUAUCGUUGCCUUCCACUCGGGAGAAGCAAAGCAAGCAAGUGGGCGAGGAAAUUCUGGAACUGCUGACGAAGCCAACGGCCAAGGAGCGAUCGUUGGCGGAAAAAUUCAAAUCGCAAGGUGGAGCUCAAGUGAUGGAAUUCUGUCCCCAUGGAACCAGAAUUGAGUGUCUGCGUUCACUCGAGGCUGCGAAUGAUGCCUUAUUGAAAAGCGAAGAUGACGACGAUGUUAUCAUAAGUGAUGACAAUAAUGGUUUCGAAAUAGUGGAGAUUAAAAAGGAAAAGGACGACGACAAAAUCAAGUUUCAGUGUAAUAAGUUACACUUCAAGAAGAUUAUCCAGUCGCACACUGAUGAGUCCUUGGGUGAUUGCAGUUUUUUGAAUACUUGCUUCCAUAUGGAUACUUGCAAGUAUGUGCAUUAUGAGGUGGAUACCUAUGUGGGUCAGAAUACCGGUUCGAAGUUUGAGGGAGAGGCCUCAAAGCGGACUAUUGAUCCCUGUGCUACGUUGUAUCCUCCUCAGUGGAUCCAAUGCGACUUGCGUUAUCUGGACAUGACCGUUUUGGGCAAGUUCGCCGUAGUAAUGGCAGAUCCGCCUUGGGAUAUUCACAUGGAGCUUCCUUACGGAACGAUGUCUGACGAUGAGAUGAGACAACUGGGAGUGCCGGCCUUGCAGGACGAUGGAUUGAUAUUCCUUUGGGUUACUGGCCGCGCUAUGGAGCUUGGUCGCGAGUGUCUCAAGCUUUGGGGCUACGAACGGGUGGACGAACUGAUCUGGGUCAAAACCAAUCAACUGCAGCGAAUAAUUCGUACCGGUCGCACUGGGCAUUGGUUGAAUCACGGGAAGGAGCAUUGUCUGGUGGGAAUGAAGGGAAACCCACCGAACUUGAACCGUGGUUUAGACUGCGAUGUGAUUGUCGCGGAAGUUCGCGCUACCAGCCACAAGCCGGAUGAAAUCUACGGCAUCAUUGAGCGUUUGAGCCCCGGUACGAGAAAGAUUGAACUGUUCGGCAGACCGCACAAUGUUCAACCCAAUUGGAUUACGCUCGGCAACCAACUGGACGGCAUUCGGUUAGUGGAUCCGGAAUUGAUCAGCUCGUUUCAGAAACGAUACCCCGAUGGGAACUGCAUGACUCCCGGAAAGAAUCCCUAGUUUUACGAUCGCAUGUGAAGAGUUUAUUUUUUCCAUUAUUUCACUAAUAGUAACGAUUGCUUAAUAAAAGUGUUUCAUUAGGUAUCACACUGGAAAUUAAAAA